AAGUACUUUAUUAUUACCUGAUUUACAUCUCUUUUCUUUCGUUUGACGCUUGUUAAUUUACCUAUGUUUAAAAACAAGUGUUAAAAUUGUCCUCUUGGAAAUCAAAUAUAUUAGAUUAGUCGUGCGUGACAACAUUUGUAUAAGGACGAGAUGCUGUAUGAGGAUCCAUUCGAAAACGGUGCCCCUCUUCUUCUUCCUUCUCUGCGUCUUUUCAUUCCACCACUGCGGCUGGUCUCUGCAGCCAUGUGGCAGGUGGUUCAGCAAGGACAGGUUCAAGAUUAUGGGAUGCUGGAGGAGUUUGUCACCACGGUGACAGAAAUUGUACCAGAGCUUUUGAGUUGCAGUCAGAGAGCCCAACUCAUCCUGGGACUUCGAGCGAGGUUGGUGCUAGAGCUGUGUCGUACUGAGCCGACAUCAGACGUCCAAAAUAUUCAACAACAUCUGGAUAAGAUCCGAUCCCUCGCGUCAACCGUUAAUUUAGGGCCAAGUAAUGCAGAUGUGGAAUUGUGUGAAUCAAAGUUUGUGGAGCUGGUUGAAUCUCUGCUGAAAGACCCAAGUGAAAGGGAGCACUUUUACCAGGAUGUGUUCCCUGUGGAGUUCGGCCCACAGUAUGAUACUGCAAUACAGAUGCUGAUGUUGGAAUUCCUUACCAGACUUGAGAAGUUACUUCCCAUACCAGACCUGGAACAGACUGCCUCCUUGCUAAAUGCUGUCCCCUCUGCCCUGGAACAAUGUGUUCAGUCUGUACCAGACCCCAGGCAGCUGAGGACCCUGCUGCAGUACCAUAGAAAACUUGGACAUUUGGAAUCUGUCGGCGGAGCUGCAUCCUCCAUUGGUGACUGCAUCCUGUCCUCUCUGUCCCUUCCUCCACACGUGCAAUUGGUGACUGGUCCAAAUACAGAAUCGGCUACACAGUCAGAAGAAAUGGAUUUGGAUGGAAUGAAACCGAGGGAGUCGGAGAUGGAGUCUGCUUUUGGGGAAAUUGACAGUGAAGAUGUUAUUGGCUUGAAUUCACUCAAACCUUCACAUUUUGAAACAUUAAAACAGACGGUGCAAAAACCCCAAAAGAUUGCUCCUUGUAGGCGUGUAGUGAAACUGCCAUCCCCCUUAAAGGUGCUCUCGUCCCAGAAAAAGUCAUGUAAACGACAAGGCCCAUUCAGUAAGACAUGUGAAGUGUGUGGAAAGAGUUUCACUCGAGUCGCAGCAAUGAGAAGGCAUCAGCUUACCCACACUGGAGAUCUCAAAUUUAAGUGUCUCUCAUGUGAAAAAUGCUUCAGAGACAGUCAUGAUCUGAAGAGACACCAGAGACGAGUUUGUGAAAGGGAGCUGCAAAUUUGGGAUAACGGUAAAUAUGCAGAGAUCCAGCCACCCUCCACUUGCGAAUCUCCAGUAGCCUCUCCCAUAAACAUUCCCCCACCACCAGGGCCAUCCCAGCAAGGAUCUCUGGACACUAUCACAUCCAAUAACACCUGCUCUGUAUGUGGAAGAUUUUUUGCCCGUACUUCAAGUUUGGUCAGGCAUAUGAGCUCUCACUCCAAAGAGCGUCCAUUUAAAUGUGUCAACUGUGAUAAGAGAUUUAAGUAUUCGUAUGAUUUGAAAAAACACCAGAAUGAACUGUGUAAGAAAAUGACCCAGGUAGAUUUGUCUCAGGAUGGUGGUCAGAACGUAUCCGAAUUAAACAGGUGCCCACAACCAGAGGUUUUUCUUGGUACCGCAGAGAAUGAAACCCAGGUAGAUUCCAGAACCUGUCACGUCUGUGGUAAGAUUUUGACUUUUGCCUCACAAAUGGAAAGGCAUUUGAAAUCUCACUCGAGGGCACGUCCCUACAACUGUGCUACUUGUGAAAGGAGCUUUAAGUACAAAGACUCUUUGAAGAAACAUCAGGAGAUCCUUGGCCAUGAAGGGAUAUUAGAAAACACAGAAAGUUGCAGCUCCCCUCCAACUACUGUGGGAAACUUCCCUGAGGCCAGUACCACGGACGGUGAUACAGGGGACGCUCCCAAAACACAUACAUGCACUGUGUGUGGAAAAGUGUUGGACUGUGCCGGUCAUUUAGCUACUCAUAUGAGAUCCCACUCAGAGGAACGUCCCUAUCAGUGUUUGCAUUGUGACCAGCGCUUUAAGUAUAUGCAAAGUCUGAAUCAACACCAGAAAUAUAUCUGUAAAAUGAACCGGGUAAAGUCCUCUCAAAUGGAAGCGCGGCGCCGACAGGAGUCAGAUCACCCAGUGGCUGCUGAAGCUAAUGCCCCGCAAACAUCUACGAUUGAACUUGACACGUGCAAUUUGAAGCAACACAGAGAAAGUGUAGACAAAGACGAAAAACUAAAGCUUGUCUUAAAAUGUGAAGCUAGAAAAGUGGUCUUCAAAUGUGGUGAUUGUGGGAAGGACUUCAAAUGUUCAUCAUCCCUAAGAACACAUAAGCGAAUCCACAGCCCAUUCUAUUGCUCUGAUUGUGGAAGGGUACUACCAAAUUCUAUUGCCUUUGAAAGACAUAAGCUGGUGCAACACAAGGAAAUUCAGUGUACCAUGUGUGAGAAGACCUUUACCCUGUUGGGUCGACUGAGAGACCACUACCUGCAUCAACAUAAAUUCACAGGACCAUACCCCUGCUCUCAGUGUGAGAGAACUUUUACGCAGUUAUCGUAUCUUGUCGUCCAUGAGAGAGUUCACUCAGGGGAGUACCCUUACCAGUGCUCUGUUUGUCAAGCAAAUUUCAAUUCAUCUAAUUCUCUGACGAUACACAGUAGGAAGCACACUGGAGAAAAGCCGUUCCUGUGCUGGCAGUGUGGAAAGAGCUUCAGGGCUGCUGGAGAACUUUCAGUGCACAUGGGAACCCACUCAGAGGAGAGACUGUUUUCUUGCUCGCAGUGUGACAUGUCCUACAGAACAAAACUUCAGUUGAAUUCACACAUCGAACAAGUUCAUGAGGAGGUGAGAUACCCAUGUACAAUCUGUGGAAAGCAGUUUUACAAAUCAGUGUCACUGAAAAGACAUAAACUUACUCACACUGGAGAAAGACCAUGGCCAUGCUCCUAUUGCACAAAAACAUUCAUCACUGCCAAUGAAAGGAGGUUGCAUGAACGGUACCACACUGGGGAACGACCAUACAAAUGCCAAGAUUGUGGAAAGUCCUUCAUCCAGUCCGGUUACUUGAAAUCACACAGAAGUCUUCAUACAGGAGAGAAGCCGUUUGCGUGCAGCAUUUGUGAUAAACGUUUUCGAUUGUCUUACCACAGGGUAAAACAUGAGCGAACCCAUACAAAACAGAAUAAGUUACAUGUGUGUGGGGAAUGUGGAUUAGCUUUUGCGCAAAGAAAGUGCCUGACAGAACACCGAAGUACUCACUCUUAAAAGAACAUUGAGUAUUUUUUUAAUGAUGCAUAUUCCAUUAUAGACAGUUCAGCUGCAAAAGUAGUGAGAGACAAAACAUGGAAGCAACUACAGAAGUUCAGAGAAGGGUCUUGAUUCCGUGUCUCCACAAGUGUGGUUUUAAGUUGUGUUACCACCCAGAUAAAAACUCAAGUUAUUAUUUUGUUUUCAUAACCAGCUAUUUGAUUAUUAUAUUUUUUUUCAUUUUGACAUUCUUUAGUGGAUAAUUUUGAAUUACCAGCUAAUUUCAAAUGCACUGUAUCAGCCAAACUAUAGAAACAGUUAUUCUCCUGUAACCAUAACAUUGCAUUUCCUAAUGACAACAAUAAAGUAGAAGACCACAAAACUGUGUGAUUAUUAAAGGUUUGUGUUUUAGCAUUUGUAAUCUGUUAAAUCUCGAAUGUUCAAGUCAAUAUCACUGGUUUAAAAAUAUUAUUUUACUAUUUACUUGUCAAACUGGAACAAAAUGUUUGACUUAACUGAUUAUUACUUUGAGCAUAUGAAAGUUAGCAACACUUCUGGCCUGGGGGCUUCCGGUGGUCUGGGGGUAUUUUAUUAGUUUAAAUACCCAUUUUAAAUACAUGUAACAACAACUGCUCGUACGUUGAUAUUUACA